AUGUGCAGUUUCGGGCAACGAUGUUUGAAGACUCGAUCUGGAAAGACUGUCUGUGUGCAAGGUCAGAAGCAGAACUACCCCGAGGGAUCUCCUCAGCACGAAGUUGACAAAGAAGAAACAUUUGUGAACAGCCCACUUCAUGAUGCCUGCAGGAAGGGGAACCUGACUCGGGUAAGAAGCAUCCUGUCCCAGGGUCUCGUAGACAUCAACAUUAGAGACGGGAAUCACGGAAAAACACCACUCAUGGUGGCAGCACAGGAGGGACAUUGCAGAAUAUUAUCUUUUCUUAUCAGAAAAGGUGCUAACAUGUCACAAGUGGAUAAUGAUGGGAAGAACUUCCUUCACUGGGCCUGCAAUUGUGGACAUGUGGGUAUGGCGGAGUGUUUACUCCCACAAUAUGAUAUAGACAUUAACCAUAAGCACGUGUCCCCUCUUCUGCAGGCAGCAUACCGGGGAUCCAAAGAUGUUUUUGAGUUUCUCGUGUGUAUGGGAGCUAAUGUGUCACAAGUUGAUGAUAGAGGGGACAAAGUCCUACACUGGGGCUGCAAGGGGGGACAUCUGGGUAUGGUAAAGUAUCUACUUUCACUAUGCAGUGUUGAUAUUAACAGUAGCGGAAAGAUGGGUGUGACCCCCUUGAUGUGGGCUGCAUUGUACGGGUACAGAGACAUUUUUCAAUUCCUCGUAAGAAUGGGAGCUAGUUUGUCACAACUUGAUGAUAUGAGAAACAACAUCCUUCACCGUGCCUCACUCGCUGGCAGAUUGGAGAUGGUGAAGUACAUCAUCAGACAGAACACGGUCAACAUUAACGCCAGGAACAAGGAUGGGGAAACAGCAGCCAUGAUAGCAAAGAGCGGCAAUAAGAGUCGCGUGUAUAACUUUCUUGUUUUGUGGGGCUGUCCAGUGAAAUAA